AUGGCGGCGCCCAAAGAAAUUGAUUUUUUGGCGUUGGAUGAUGAUGCCAUUGAGCAAAUAGCUCCGCCACCACGUCGUUCUGCUGGUGUGACGGAUGAGGAUCACGAGGAUGAUGCCGCGUUCAUCGCGGCUGCUGCACAAAAGCACAAUGUCAAGGCUGGCACUCAGGUGGCUAAACAGGCCCACAAGAGCAAGGCCAAGGUGGCAAGUGGCAUUGUAAGUGGUGGUGGCAGUUUUCAGAGUAUGGGACUGCAUCCAUCUUUGCUGCGCUCGCUGCUGCUACGUGGCUUCACGACGCCCACACCCAUUCAGCGCCGUGCCAUCCCAGCGAUCAUGGCGCAGCCGCCGCAGGAUGUCGUUGGGAUGGCCCGCACGGGUUCUGGCAAGACGCUUUCAUACAUUGUCCCGCUACUUCACCGCUUGAAUGGCCGCCACUCGACGUCAUUUGGUAUUAAAUCGCUGAUUCUGUGCCCCUCGCGUGAAUUGGCCUUCCAGAUCCUCAAAGUCGGCAAAGACCUGGCGCGUGGAUGGCGCUCUGAUGGUGAUGCGCAUACUGAUGCGAUUCGAUGGUCAGUUAUCGUCGGUGGUGAGGGCCUUGAUGAGCAAUUCGCUAUGAUGACAGCAAAUCCAGAUGUGGUCAUUGGCACGCCCGGCCGUCUGCUGCAUCUGGUCGUGGAAAUGAAUUUGGAUCUCAAGUCGGUGGAGUAUGUGGUGUUUGAUGAGGCUGAUCGGCUCUUUGAAAUGGGCUUUGCUGAUCAAAUGGAAGAGUUGCUUCGACGACUGCCGUCCACGCGCCAGACGCUCUUGUUCAGUGCGACGCUACCCAAGAGCCUUGUCGAGUUUGCGCGGGCAGGACUCGAAGCGAAUCCCAAGCUGAUCCGCCUGGAUGCGGACAGCAAAAUUAGUCCUGAUCUGCGGAUGGCCUUCUUUAGCAUCAAGCCGCUCGAUAAGGAUGCGGCGCUUCUCCUCCUUCUUCGCGAUGUGAUCCAGGUACCAACAGGCAGUCAGACCAUGGAUGCAGACGCCUCUAAGAAGCGGAAACGCGCCCAUGCCGUGGACCAACUCAAGCCUUAUCAGACCAUUAUUUUUUGUGCGACCAAGCACCAUGUCGAAUACCUGCUUCUCGUCCUGACGACCAUGGGCUAUGCUUGCUCGCACAUCUACUCGUCGCUUGACCAAGCGGCACGCUCGAUUCAAAUGAAUCAGUUCCGAUCUGGACAGACGUCUUUGCUGAUUGUAACAGAUUUGGCUGCGCGUGGCAUUGACUUGCCCGUAUUGGAGCAUGUGAUCAACUAUGAUUUCCCGCCGCAGCCCCGCAUUUUUGUGCACCGCGUUGGACGUACAGCCCGCGCUGGACGCCGAGGAUGGGCGUGGAGUCUGUGCACGCAUACCGAGCUGCCCUACCUGUGUGACUUGCAGCUGUUCCUGGCCCGCCCGAUCGUGUCUUCUCAUGUGGUGCGCGCUGACGAGCCACACGAUUUGCACGCGUCGCUCGUGCUUGGUACAUUUCCGCGUGAGACUCUGGAUGAAGAGAGCGAGUCGAUUCGACAUGCCAUGCAUGAAUCCUCGACGACAGCCACGGCAUACGACGGUCUUUUGGGUGUGGUCAAACGUGCGCACAGCAUGUACAUGCGCUCUCAACCGAAGGCCAGUGCCGAAAGUUAUCGCCGCACCAAAGACAUGCUCAAGGACGCUGAGCGCAGUGCGGCAGCUGGCAUUUCAAGCCAGGGAUGGGCUCUGGCUGGACAUGCGCUCGAGGCACAAGGCGUCCACGAUAUCUUGCAGCGCCCUGAAAAGUACCAGCUCCAGCUCCGCGAGGACGCAGCACGGCGUGCGCGCAAGCACGAUGACCCACUUGCAGGCGCGCGUGCUGCGAUGCUCGCCAAGGUGAAUGCGUUCCGACCAGGUGAGACAGUGUUUGAAAUGGGGGCGCAUGGCCAACACAUGCCACUCGCCCGGCUCAUGCAGGACCGACGUCGGACACUACAUACCAAGCAGCGCCGCGCGCGCAUGAUUGAGUCAGCCAAGCGCGGUGGCGAACACGAAGAAGAGGCAGAGGUGCAAGCUACGGCUCCGGCGGAUCUCGCUGACGAAGACGACAUUGCCUCCGUUUUUGAUACAGGCCGCGAUUUCCGUGAUCCGUCCACCUACCUCCACUAUGAACAAAAGGGAGCCGCGGAAGAAAAGGGCUACUCGUUCCUGGACCAGGCUCGCCGUGUCACCGUCGAUAUGGCUGGCGACGAUGUCGGUCCUGCGCCGGCUGCGCAGCGUGUAAACCCGCAGCGCUGGGAUACGAAGAAGAAGAAGUUUGUGAUGGGCGACGGCACUGGUGCCGACAACCAAAAGCUCAUUCGAUCCGAGACAGGUCUCAAGCUACCUGCCAGCUACCGCAGUGGACGCUUUGAUGAAUGGCAGCGCGAACAACAGGUGGCACUGCCGCAUGUGGGUCAGGAUGAAAGUGCUAUGCCAGCGACGACGCGCCGCAUGGCUGCGUCCGUGCAGCGCGGUGGUCCACACCGUCCAGGCCGCCGCUUCCAUACGCAGACCAAGGCACCCAAGCCUCUUGAUAAGCUGCAGUAUGGCUAUAAGCGCAAGCUCAAGGAGCGUCAGCGUAAGCAGGGAAGCGGUGCGGAAGCCAAGAACGAGCUCAAGAGUGCUGACCAAAUCUACCGCGACCGCGAGACACGUGCCAAGCGGCUAGCGAAGAACGCGCGUCCUUCGAAAAAGAAACCAAAGCAGUAA